AUGGUAACUCCCAGACAGACAUUGCUGGAUUUGGUACCUGGCCCUGUAUCUGGUAACAGGACAUCAAUGGUAACUCCCAGACAGACAUUGCUGUAUUUGGUACCUGGCCCUGUGUAUCUGGUAACAGGACAUCCAAUGGUAACUCCCAGACGGACAUUGCUGUAUUUGGUACCUGGCCCUGUGUAUCUGGUAACAGGACAUCCAAUGGUAACUCUCAGACAGACAUUGCUGGAUUUGGUACCUGGUCCUGUGUAUCUGGUAGCAGGACAUCCAAUGGUAAUAUCCCAGACAGACAUUGCUGUAUUUGGUACCUGGCCCUGUGUAUCUGGUAACAGGACAUCCAAUGGUAACUCCCAGACAGACAUUGCUGUAUUUGGUACCUGGCCCUGUGUAUCUGGUAACAGGACAUCCAAUGGUAACUCUCAGACAGACAUUGCUGUAUUUGGUACCUGGCCCUGUGUAUCUGGUAACAGGACAUCCAAUGGUAACUCAGACAUUGCUGUAUUUGGUACCUGGUCCUGUGUGUCUGGUAACAGGACAUCCAAUGGUAACUCCCAGACAGACAUUGCUGGAUUUGGUACCUGGCCCUGUGUAUCUGGUAACAGGACAUCCAAUGGUAACUCCCAGACAGACAUUGCUGUAUUUGGUACCUGGUCCUGUGUAUCUGGUAACAGGACAUCCAAUGGUAACUCUCAGACAGACAUUGCUGGAUUUGGUACCUGGCCCUGUGUAUCUGGUAACAGGACAUCCAAUGGUAACUCUCAGACAGACAUUGCUGGAUUUGGUACCUGGCCCUGUGUCUGA